AUGUCAGUCAGCUCUUGUGUGGCUUUCGCUGCGCUCCGUGCUGUUGCAACCUCCACGACAACCGUCAACAUCCUGGUCACCGACGUCAAUGACAAUGAUCCCAUCUUCGAUCGCUCGUUCCCCAGGAACCUCUCGGUCCUUGAGGAGGAGGCCAACGCCUUCGUAGGCCAAGUGAAGGCCAGCGACCCGGACGCGGGGGCCAACGGCGAGGUCCGCUACCGUCUCCUGACCCACAACGGCCUUUUCCGCAUCAACAGCUCAGGGGCCAUCAUCACGGUGGCGCCGCUGGACCGCGAGGUCAGAGGUCAAUACCAGCUGCUGGUGGAGGCUUCGGACGGCGCCCAGGACCCACGGCGCACCACCCUACUGCUCCCCGUCACUGUGAUCGACGUGGACGACAACAGCCCGGUCUUCUCCCAGCCGGCGUACGAGGCCACGCUCGCCGAGAACAGCCCCGCCGGCACGGUCCUCCUCCACCUCAGUGCACAUGAUGCUGACCUGAACUCCAACGUCACGUACCGGAUCAGAACCGAGGAGGCCCGGCAGCUGUUCUCUCUGGACCCAGUGACGGGCCAGCUCUCCGCCCAGCACACGCUGGACUUCGAGACACUGGCCCCCGAGGCCGUCACACACACCUUUGUGGUGGAGGCAGUGGACAGCCAGGGCAGCAUGCCUCCCGGUCUGACCACGGUCACGGUCAAGAUAAUAGACAUGAACGACUACUCUCCCGUGUUUAGUCAGGCUCUGUACCGAGGGGUAGUGGCUCCCAACGCUGUCAAGGGGACUGUCAUCAUCAUGGUGUCGGCAAAGGAUGGGGACCCCCCUGUGAGUGCUGACAGACAUGCUUGUGUGUCUACACGGCUCAAUGCUCUCAGCAGUCGCCUGGCUGAUGGCGGCUAA